AUGUCUACCCGCAGAAGUGGACUCCGUUCGCGUAGAGAUGCUCAGCAGCAGUCUGAGUUCGACACGCCAGAUGCCACGCCCUCGCGGAAGCGCAGGCGGUUGAAUGGCUCCGCGCAAGACGCGGCUGCUUUGGCCGCCCCAGAUCCUCCCCGUACACGCAUCACCGAAUCCGUCGCUAGCAACGACUCUAACACGACACUGCCCAACGGCGGAGACGCUGACAACCCUAUGGAUCCCAUAGAGCGCCAGAAUAUCGUUAUAGCCGCCCUCCGCGUACCCAGCUACGUCCCUAACGCCGCCAUCGACUAUGCCAACGACCUACAGUCGCAGCGCAACGAGGGUAAGAACAUCGCGGCCUUUGCCAAGAUCGCUGCGCGCGACUGGUGCUUCUUCGUUCAGGACACGCAAGUUAGAAUCGGCCGUGUAGAUUCGAGAGAACGCUCCAACCAGCAAAGUUCCCAGCCCGACAUCGCCGGGCUGCCCCCGAGUGACCCCCAUCGCCAGGACUGGGGUGUGCACAUCGACCUUGGACCCGAGCGUCAGAUCUCCCGCGUCCAUGCUGAGAUCAACUUCGAGAUCGACGACCAGCAGUGGUACAUCACCGUAAACAGCCGUAAUGGCCUCAAGCUCGACGACCGCCACCUGACCAGGGGAGACAAGGCGCCCCUACAUUCAGGUAUCUGCAUCAGUAUCAUGAGUACCCAAAUGUUGUUCCUCCUCGCCAAUCAGGAGGAUCACUUCCACCCCAUGUUGUGGCGUCAGGUCAAGAGCGAAGACGCUGCUGAGUCUGAUAACGACGGCAACCCGCCGCCCAAGUCGCAUCACCAUGCACAUCCCAGCGGACCAACACCCAAGCGCGACCAGUACGAUCCCUUCCCGCCGUCUUCGCACCCACGCAACAAACACCAAUCGUCACAAGCAUACUACAACCAAAUGACAUCCACACCCGGCUACCCGCAACCCGGCACACCCAUGACUUUCCGGGGUGACAAGGACCCGCGCAAUAAAGGCUCGCCUGCGACCUUCUCUCGCGCAGUCGUGCUGGACACUGGAGACGAUGUUGACUACAGCUUAGACGCCACUAAAGAUAUCAAGCCGCCACACAGCUAUGCGCAGCUCAUCGGUCAAGCAAUCCUCAGCAGCGAGGAGGAGAUGCUCACGCUUGCAAACAUCUACGACUACAUCAAAGCUCGGUAUGCUUUCUUCCGUCACACGAACAGCGGCUGGCAGAACAGCAUUCGUCACAAUCUGUCCCUCAACAAGUCGUUCGCCAAGGUUGCACGCCGUACCGAUGAGCCGGGCAAAGGCAUGAAAUGGAAGAUUGCAGACUCCGAGAAGGAGGAGUUCAUUAAGAAGCAGCUGCUCAAUCCUCGCAAAGGCGGUGGAAUUCAAAUCGGAUUCCGCAUAGACGGCUCAGGGCCUAGUUCGCCCGCGCUGGGCAACCCAUCCCAGGCUACCGAGCGCCUUGUCGGUGCCUUGGAGCGUGAUAACCGCCAUAACCAAUACCUUCCUCGUGUCAAGUCCCCCCCACGAUCCGCUACGCCUCCGCUUUCGUCUGUCCCAAUGGCAAACGAAUCGUACACUCCAGAUCGUGGCCCACGUCCAUUUGGAGGCUUCAAGCAAUCACCGACUAUACGCGAUCAGGAUCGCUUUGUGACUCCUGCGAAGCGCCUUGUGUAUGGUGCCAACGAGGGCCAAGGACUCCCUCAUAUCAAGCAGGACGAAUCUCGCAACCUAGAAUCCUCACCUGGUGUGGACCCUGUCAAACAAAGCGUCCCCGGUAUGAAGACUGACGUAGGAAACUCCCCGCCGACUCUAUACUCAGAUGCCGGAUCAAACAUCAUGAGCGGCAAUUACGAUGCAAACCGAAUGAACAACGCGCUCGUCACCCCACUGGUCUCGCGCCAUGCGCCUCGUCUUGCUCCUCCCAGCACCGCCCAGAUGCCUAGCCAAUACAUGGCGUUUUCCAGCCCUGCGCCUUUCUGGAAGUUCGUCGAUCUCCCCAGCACGCCUGCCAAAGCACCCCUCGAGCUGAGUCCUAUCAAGCUGCAACGUCCUGAUUUCAAGGACGGCGACGACGAGGACCACCCUAGUUCACCGCCGAUGUUGCCAGAUAUUAGCGCUGAGCAUGAAGAUGACGAAGAACGUGACCAGGAUGCCGAUGAGAAAGGCGACGAAGAUGAGGAUGUUGGCCCGGAGAGUCCAAGUCGUACGGUCUCCCGACCCGUCAGUCGGCGAGAUCUUGGAAGCCAGAAUCAGCGUUCGCGGUCAAAUAGCAAUGUCAACGGGCUUGGACUAGGCAUUGUCGGUAAUGGAGGAAUGGUACGUGGUGCUAGCCUGACAAGCUUCGAGGAGGAACCUGAGCCUGAAGAGGAGAGCUACGAUCUUUCAAAGGGUUUUCAGAAGAUCGGCUCCUUCCACCGCAGCAUGGCGCAAGCCCACGGCCUCGGCAGCAUCGGCAGUCGCUCCACCGCUACACCUCCUCCUCACAUGUCGCGCACAAGUGUUCCCGCGAACAUGUAG